AUGGCUUUCUCCUUCGGUGCCCCGAAUUCUUCGGGCCAAUCUAACAACAAUGCACCCACCUCCAGUGCGCCUGCCACCGGUGGUCUGUUUGGCAGUAGCUCAUCGAAUACUCCUACUACGUCGUCCGGUAUUUUUGGUGGACAGCCUGCUGGCGCGCCGUCUUUCUCCUUCGGAAAUCUAGGAGGAGGCAGCAAUACACCGACCAUUUCGUCCGGUACUCCAAGCGAUGGUCUCUUUGGCAAUACAGCUUCAAAACCGGCCGAGCAGAAGACCUCACUUUUCGGGGGAGCGACAAGCGGUGGUACAACUGGGUCAUCCGCGCCGGGCGGUGGUGCUGCUGGGUCAUCCGCGCCGGGCGGUGGUGCUGCUGGUGGUGGCGGCGGACUCUUUGGCGGCAGCUCCCAAACCUCAUCGAGCAGCAAUCUAUUUGGUGGUGGUGCUCAGCCAGCACAAGCAGGAGGCAUGUUCGGUAACACCUCUUCCACACCAACAUCCAGUGCGGCGAACACUACACCUACAACGGCCAGCGCUUUUCCUUCUGGUGGGCUGUUCGGCGCGAAGGAUAGCAACGCUUCUACACCGGCUGCGCAGGGUACUUCUAGCUCUCAACCAGGAGGCCUAUUCGCAGGAGGCAAUACUGGGUCUUCCCUCUUCAGUGGCACAGGCACAAGCAACACCCCAAACAGUGGCGCGUCUGCAACACAGGCGACGCCAGCAAAACCGAUGUCGUUCCUCAAUUCGACUACACCGGCCGGGCUUCCUCCGUCGGAGGGAGCCAAGUCCAUGUUUGGAAACACUGCUCCAGGUGCCACUUCUUCCCUCUUUGGUGCUGCCCAACAGGGCAACAAGAAAGAGAACCAGCCAAGCAGCAUGUUUUCAAACUUGGGCAGCUCCGCGCAAGCCAGUACUACAUCAAGCCAGCCCACCUCUACACAGGCCCCGAGCUCACUCUUUGGAAAUACUGGCCAAGCUGCCCCGAAGUCGAACACAAGUCUCUUCGGAGGUGCAAAGCCUGCUGAGGGCUCUCCGGCUCCAGGAGGCCUAUUCGGUGGAAGCCAAGCAACGACACAGAGUACCGGCGCUGCGCCUACGACCACUGGCGGUCAACAAGUAUCCAAACCGGCUGAAGCAUCUUCGACAAAGCCUGCUUCCCUCUUUGGAGCAGCGAAUGCGGCGCCCACCGCUUCGACCGCUCCUUCAUCCUUAUUUGGCGGCGCCAGUUCUACGCCAGCCACUACCUCCGCCGCUGCCCCAGCGUCGACACAGACCAGCUCUCUGUUUUCGGGCCUCAGCAAACCGAACACUAACGCUUCCUCCUCCGAACCUGCAAAGACGCAACCGAGCUCGCUGUUCUCUACGCUAGGGAAACCAGCUGCAAGCACGGCUACAACAGAGCCGGCCAAGGCGACGUCUAGUCUCUUUGGUGGCGCAUCUUCUACUCCGGCAGCAACCUCAGCUGCCACCCCUGCGGCCAGUACCGGAACAGCUCCUUCUACAACCACAACCACAGCUCCUGUGACGAGUUCGCUGUUUGGUGGCGCAUCGAAGGCUACCUCAUCAGCUGAUGGUGUUGCAUCACAGCAAGCGCCAGCUCAGAGCACUAAUCUAGGAGCUUCGACUACGGGCCCAACUUCGUCAAUGGCGCGUCUGAAGAACAAGACGAUGGACGAAAUUCUUACCCGCUGGGCCACAGAUCUUUCAGAGUACCAGAAGGAUUUCAAGAAUCAAGCAUCUCAAGUGGCUGCUUGGGAUCGCCUCCUAGUUGAGAAUGGAGAGAAGAUCCAGAAGCUUUACCUAAACACCUUCGAGGCUGAAAAGGCUAGUCGAGAAGUCGAGCGCCAUCUGGUUACGGUUGAGAGCCAACAGGAAGAACUUGAGUCUUGGCUUGACAAGUACGAGGGUGAGGUGGAUGCUCUGUUCUCUAAACAAAUAGGACCUGGUGAACAGCUGGCGGGCCCUGACCAAGAGCGCGAGAGAACGUAUAAGCUGGCCGAGAAGAUCACGGAGCGGCUAGACGGGAUGGGCCGGGAUUUGACCACGAUGAUUAAGGAAAUCAACGAUAUCUCCGGCACUGUCAGCAAGGGCAGCAAGCCUGACGACCCGCUGAGUCAAAUUGUGCGUGUCCUCAAUGGACAUCUCACUCAACUGCAAUGGAUCGACACGAAUGCUGCAGCACUGCAAGCUAAGGUCACAGCUGCGCAGAAGGCGAGCAGUACCGUCGGCAACCAGUACGGCGGUCCGGAGCAGGACAACGUGGACAGCUUCUACCGAUCCUACAUGGGACGGAGAUGA